CUCCAAAGAUUACCGACGCUUAUAAUCGCCAAUCCACAAUUAGAGUUUUUCAGCCUGAAAGGCAUUCAGUUCGUAUCUGUUUGGGAACCAGAACUCCGGCCCAGGGAGGUCAGGUCCCAGGAACUGAAUUCUGGUCCCGUUUUCCUUCGUGCAUCCGGGGAAGGGAUGCAGACUUCUUCCAUGCACAUUUCUUUAGCCAAUCACAGGCAAGGGAAAAAGUCCAGUGCUUUGGUCAGAAGACUCUCUGAUGAAGCAGUGGGUACAGCCAUCUGUUCAGGGGUACUCACUCUGGUAUGCGUGAAUGGGGUACCAGAGAAUAAACGACUGCUCGGAAGUGUGUUCCGAACAACUACUGAUCUUUUCAUGGCCUUGUAUUCACUCAAGUGCCCUGGGAAAACCGUCGCCUGCUUGAACCUCAAGAACUUCUCGGUUACCCAACACCACCAGCAAACCGGAGUCCUCCCUGGCGACUGCAUUUUUCAUCUUCAGGAGCGAGGCGUGGACGCGGCAUUGUCAUUCACGUUUCGGUGCAGCUCCGAGGACGAGGCCCAGCGUUGGGUUCGCUCUGCCGGGUACGUGACUCCCGCACCCAGGCGGGCAUCCCUGUGCCAGGUGUCCCUGCCCAGUGUGGAGGAAGCCCCCGAGUUUCUGCAACCCGUGUCAGCUUCGCAUCAUUUUCUGCACGGAUCUGCCGCUGCUGUUGCAGCAGCUGCUCGUGGGGGCGAUUAAGAUAAUUUCGUAUUGUUUUUUUUCCCUUUACUGUGGUAGGAAUUAAGGUUGUUAUUGUUUUUUUUUCAAUGGAACCAAAAACAAAAAAGAGAAGAAAAGAGAGGAAACAAGCGUUGCGAAGGAUUACAGCUUUUGCUAGUUAAGAAAUCCCAAUCGUACUUUCCAGUUGUUUUUUUUUUCAAGUGAUACCCAGCAUUAUUUUGUUCCAACAGAAAUUCUUGGCACAAACUUUGGUCAUUUAUGGCAAGUUAGCGAAAAAAUGUAAUGCAUUCCUUCAUCAGAGGACGUAUCGACAAUGAAGAGUAUCCAGACUUUGACAAUGUAGGUAUAGUGUUACAACGGUAUUUUCAAAGAUUUUCGAACUGAUGCUUUGAAGAAAAGCCCGAAAUCCAGGUUUAAAAAUUCCUUCUUCAUCAUCACAAGUUUUGGCGUUGGCACCUUUUUUCAAAUUCGUAAAUUCAAACCUGAUAGAAUCAUUUUCUUUUAAAUCUUGCUUGUUCUAAAGUUUCAACUAGACAUUUAUGGGAAACUAUGUCGCCUGAAAAUGUAUAUCAAAGUAACUUAUUCGGAUAUUAUUAGUCUGAGGCGAUUUUUUAAAACCUUUUUGUUUUGAUUUUGUCGAGCAUUUUUAUCUGGCAUUUGCCAAAAAUGGAUUCAACAUGCAAGAUGAAAUCGAAACUCAAACUGUUUAAAUUUGCUGUAUAGUGGACGCAAAUUUGAUUUGCAGCAUGUGGAUUAUUUAAAAAUGUUCUGGUGAAUAUUUUAAGGAAAGGAUUUUAACUUUUAGAAACUCUUUGUAGUUUUGGGUCGUGAGUUUUUGGGCCAGUCAGAGAACUUUCGAAAAUGCCAACGUCCAUUAGUUUGUGCAAGGACACCUUUCUUGAUGUGAUUUAAGCCCCCGAUACAAUUCUCCAUUUUCGGCUAUAGUGUCCUCUUGCAAAUUUUCGAAACAAAACUUGGAAAAACAGAGAUGGGAAAAAAGAGAGAGAUUGAGACCAUUGUGCGGAAGAUUUCCUACGUGGAAAAAAAAAAACAUUUACUGAAGUACCUCGCAAGUAUAUGCCACUUUACUCUUGGAUGUGAUGGAAGAAACAACGAUACUAUUUUAAAUUCAUUUUGGAAGAAAUUCCAUCCGACACACAGAGAACAUAAUUUUGAGUGUGAGAAAUAGUGGAUCAAAACUGGGGCUUGAGUGUUUACGCAACGUUUUGAGGAAAGUUUUUAUGCGACAACGAUGUAAAAUAACUUCGUCGAUAACUGCAUGAAUUUUUCGUGGAUGAAGAAGAAUUAAUGAUUUUAAGAAAGCAAAACAAUUUUCCCGCAUAUCAAUAUACAGUAUUCUGUUCUAUCCUUUUCCCCCCGAUUUUUUUUUGUUGAAAAUUGGAAAGUAAAAAGUGCCAAAGUUUUUAUCGGUAGACGAAGUUGUGGAUCGCUCCUAGUCUUUUGUCAUGCUUUAAAGAAAAAUAUUUGUCUCCGGAAAGCUACUCGCGAAUUUUUUUUAAUUUUCCAGAAAAUCUUGCAUUCCGUGAUCAAGCAGAAUCCUAAAAAUGUUGCACCUGUCGCGAAGUUUUUGUUUGCAUAUAGGGUUCUUUUCCACCCGAAGAACGGUGUUUGAAGGCAUGUACGAGUUAUGUGAUUUCUAGUCAUCGCUCUGAAAUUUUGGUUUAUCGUUAUAAUUUCAAAUUUGUUUUGUUGUGUUGAUGUUUUAUUUUAGAGAGUAAAUGAACAAUGAAUAAAUGCCAGACCCUCGGCUUCUGUAGGAGGAAUAUAUUCGCAAUAGUUUUUGCGCUGUUUCCACCUCGCAAUAAUAUGGAGUACGAGUCGAAAUGCAGAUGAAGGAAACGG